AUGGUAAGGGAGAACUACCAUCAUAACGCCCAGACAAUGAAACAGAUACACCAUCGACUUCAUCGGAUCGGUCAAACGAAAGCAGUUACCUGGCAUACGCUAAAGGUAAAAAACUCAUUUAACGAUCACCAAGAACGCCUAUGCAUGGUCAAAUGGGCAAAGCAGAUGUCAGCUGAGAUGAGUCUUGAAGACUGGUACCCGGACAAUAUUCGAGAGUUGAUUAUAUUCGAGUUCCAGCGAGCUUAUUUUCAUCAACCCUUUAAUAAGUAUGCCUGGGUCCUUUUGCGAGACCGAGACCCAAGUGGGUUUAAAUACUACGGAGCUCAGACCUUACGCCUUGGCUAUGCCCUGACCUGUGAUGCAUCGGAAGACUUAGCCGAGGCCCUUGUUACCUUUUCUAGCACACAUAGUGUGGAUGAUCUAGUCCAACUAACUAUAAAGCCUGUUGAAGAUCUUUAUGAUGCUUUAAUUGAUAUUAAAGAUCAUGUUGAGAAGGCAAAAGAAAAAGCAAAGUCAGACCCAGAUGUGAAGGAGAAGAAGAAGCGUGUGAAAGCUGGGGUAAAAAGCCGGAAGAAGGAAGAUAAGUAUAAGAGUGAAGAGCUUGUUUAUGACUCGGACAGCGAUUCCGAUGAGGUUGUUAAUGCAGUAAAUGAAGACUGGUACCCUGACAACAUACGAGAGCUUGUUAUAUUUGAGUUCCAGCAAGCCUACUUUCACUAG